UGUCCGCAGAGGCUGACUCAGCCCGUUCUUGUGCCCAGAAGCUUCCCUGUGCUAGACCCUGGGGGCCUUUGUCCGUAGUCAUGAGGCAUGAGGGGGUGGGGACACUGCUGAUAAAAGGCCCCAGAGGCGGCUCCCACUCGCCCCAAAGCUGCUGCCCUCAUGCAGCCCCGGAUGCAGCCGCUAGCCCAGGCCCUGCCCUUCUCCUUCCGGAGGGCCCUUCGAGACACUGGGCUCCGGGUGCCCGUCAUGAAGGUGGGCACGGGAUGGGAGGGCCUGCAGCAGACCCUGAAGGAAAUUGCUUACAUUCUCCUGUGUUGCUGGUGCAUCAAGGAGCUGCUGGACUGACGAUGGCCAGG